AUGGGCUUCCGUAUGCAUCGCAUCACUCAAGUCCGGAUGGCUGAGCAUGAGCUGUAUGCUGAGCCCCACCAUGUUCUUGCGCUGCAGCGUCAUGUGGCCCCAGAUGAAAGCAAGUGUGACUAUCGUUGCGCUCACAAGGAGCCGAUUAGAGUGCCGCAGCUGGUGAAUGGCGUUGGCACCUUCAUGCUGGAGCACAUCCAGCCCGGGGGCGCCCGCCCUUUUGGUGCGUCUAUGUUGAUCUGCGGCUCGCGCCAAAAGGAUUACUAUCUCUAUCAGUUGAAGCCCUCGGGCAUCUGCGUACCCCUGCAGGCCGUUACACAGGGCGUCAACGCAAAUGAAUGCAACACUUUCCUGGCGGAUCAAUACAAAGCUGAUUUAAGGAUAGAGGAACCCGCUACACUAGCAGCUCGCUGUCUGAAGAAAGCCUUCGGGAAUACCCUGACUGGCGUCACCGUUGAGGUCGGGAUUUGUAUGGCGAGUAGAUUCCAAGUUCAGGACCCAACGACCGUCGCUGAACUAAUGGCCAAAUGGGCCUAA